AUGGGUCGGCUGAACAUGCUUUAUAUCAUCGGGGCACUGCUGGUGACACAAACCGCCGCUAUCAUCAGAGUCCCCCUUCAUAAAACCAGAACCCUGCGCCGCCUCAUGAGCGACAACGGGAUGUCUGUGGAGGAGCUCCGGGCUCUGGCCAGCAGCACGGGGGCCCCGGACAGCUCUCCAUCCCCGAAGCUGCCCGUGGAGAGGCUGACCAACUUCAUGGAUGCUCAGUACUACGGGUCGAUCAGCAUCGGCACACCUCCGCAGGACUUCACCGUGCUGUUUGACACCGGCUCCUCCAACCUCUGGGUCCCCUCCAUUCACUGCUCUUUCUUCGAUCUCGCCUGCUGGCUCCAUCAUCGCUACAACUCGAAGAAGUCGAGCACGUACGUCCAGAACGGGACGCAGUUCUCCAUCCGGUACGGCCGAGGCAGCUUGUCCGGCUUCAUCAGCGGGGACACUGUCUCUAUUGCAGGGAUGCCUGUUCCCGCCCAGCAGUUCGGAGAAGCUGUGAAGCAGCCUGGCAUCACGUUUGCAGUGGCGCGGUUCGACGGGGUCUUAGGCAUGGCCUAUCCGUCCAUAUCAGUAGCUAACGUGGUGCCGGUGUUUGACACGGCCAUGGCUGCCAAACUCCUGCCUCAGAACAUUUUCUCCUUCUACAUAAGCAGGGACCCGAAAGCAACAGUGGGAGGAGAGCUGAUCCUGGGUGGGACAGACCCGCAGUACUACACCGGAGAUCUGCACUAUGUUAACGUCACACGAAAGGCCUACUGGCAGAUCAAGGUGGACGGAGUUCAAGUUGGCAACCAGUUGAGUCUUUGUAAAACCAGUUGCCAGGCUAUCGUUGACACGGGAACGUCCCUGAUGGUCGGACCUGCUGCGGAAAUCCGAGCCCUGCAGAAAGCCAUCGGAGCUCUGCCACUGCUGAUGGGAGAGUACUUCAUCGACUGUAAGAAGAUCCCGUCUCUGCCCGUCAUCUCCUUCAACAUCGGGGGAAAGAUGUUCAACCUGACCGGAGAGGAUUAUGUCAUGAAGGAGACUCAGAUGGGUGUGUCCAUCUGUCUGUCAGGCUUCAUGGCCAUGGAUAUCCCUCCUCCUGCAGGGCCGCUGUGGAUCCUGGGAGACGUAUUCAUCGGGAAGUACUACACUGUUUUCGACAGGACAGCUGAUCGCGUGGGCUUCGCUCCUGCCAAAUAACCUGCUGAGCACCGCUUGAAUGAAACAUGACUGUGAAGAUCACGCAGAGCUAAAAGUAAUCAUGUAGCCUUAUUUGAUUUGCACCAAACCAAAGCAUUUCAUGAUUGUUGUGUAUCGCUGCGAGGGGGCUGGCUUACCACUGAAAUAUCUCACGCCUGCUUAGAAUAGUGAAGUUUACACGAGAAGCUGGUUUCCAACGAGCGACAUGCGACUUUGUACACAUCCAGUGAGGAGCGCGGAUGAUUCCUGCCACUGACCAAAGCGACUGCUUCACUCUUUGUUUGUGAAGCUGGCAGGAUUAAAUCAGAACUGUGAUGCACUGCAGAUUUUUGGAUAUCAUUUUGUUUCGCUCCUCAGCACAUUUCCAAACGUUUAAGAAGCUUUUUGUACACUGAAGAUAUCUCAGGAUUUUUCUUUUAACACUCCUUUGUGAAUUUUAUGACCAAAUGUUACUGAAUAAAACUUAAGUUGAUUUUUUUUUUUAAUGAGUUUAGAUUGUAACCUGCUUCCUUUUGUUGACAAAAAACACAAAGAUGAACCUGCAGGAUGUCAUUUAUAACAUUUAAUGUUUAAGUAUACAAAGUGCUGCACUGUUCAGCUCCAGAGCUGAACUGAAAGAAAAGAAGCUGGGAAAAAUACACAGCAUGCAACACAGCAGUAUGAUCUCCACCACGUAGAGGUAGUUUCUACUUUGGGUUUCUUAGUUUUAUUUUUACAGUAACAUACAAAUGUGGCACAGUGACACUAUUCCUUCAGCACAGUAGCAUAAAUUAGGUCUGCAAAGGAAGACUCAAUGAUUUCAUACGAGCACAUCCAGAACAAAGCACGAUCAGUGGCUUCACAACGUGGAACUGAAUCAAAUAAAUACUCGACUCUUGUUUGUUUUUUUGAUUACAAAUGUACAAUAAAUACAAAAAUAUUCA